UUUUUUUUGUUGCGUGUUUGUUUGCAAAUUACCGAAAAGAGAAACUUUGUCCUCGUCGGGGAAACCCUUUUUCUGUUUUAUCACACCGCCAGGAUUAAGUACCGAUCGCCCGAGUUGCACAAUGGCAGGCUCUGCCUUAAGAAGAUUGAUGGCUGAAUACAAGCAGCUCACCCUAAACCCUCCGGAAGGCAUCAUUGCGGGCCCUAUCAGUGAGGAGAACUUCUUCGAAUGGGAAGCUCUUAUAACCGGACCAGAAGGCACCUGCUUCGAGGGUGGCAUAUUUACAGCGAAACUCGUCUUUCCUCCAGACUAUCCGCUAAGUCCGCCUAAAAUGAAGUUUACGUGUGAAAUGUUCCAUCCAAAUAUUUUCACCGAUGGCCGUGUUUGCAUAUCGAUUUUACAUGCACCCGGAGACGAUCCACUAGGAUACGAGCUAUCCGCAGAGCGGUGGAGCCCUGUACAGAGCGUGGAAAAAAUCUUGCUAAGCGUAGUCAGCAUGCUGGCAGAACCUAACGACGAGUCCGGUGCUAACGUCGAUGCAGCUAUCAUGUGGCGUGAGAAUCGAGAAGAAUUCAACAAAAUUGCCAAGCGAAUCGUUCGCAAGACGCUCGGUCUAUCCUCAUAGGACGAACGGAACUCGCGAGGAAGAGGGAAUCAAUCGAGAGUCAACGAACAAUCGAUGGGACGCAAUGGAAGGGUGUAGAGCUGUAUUUUGUUAUAUUGUUUAUGCUAUGUUGGGGCCGGUGACUAUGGAUGUGCAUUGUAUCUUCGAUCAAAUGCUUAAAUACCAUUAAAAAAGGAGGAAAGCGUUUUAGAAGAGAUUGCAA